GAUUACUGCUGCAGUCGUCCCAACGGUGAGCGGUCAGGUCUUAGUGGUUGUGUCUAAGCUGGAUUUAAAAUGAACCGACCAGUCAUCCUUUCCGGUGUGAGACUAAAGCGUCUACUGAAAGGAGAGGAGCGCAGACAGAAGAGUUCGUGCCAUGGAAAUAACGCUGAAGAGUUUACCGAUGAAGGUGGUGAAUAUUCCAUGGAGGAACAAUAACCUCAGCAGUCUGCAUGCAGACCCGCCUUUCUCUGAACAAGGGGAGACCAUCAUUGGAGUCUAUUUGUUAGUGUUGGGUUGGCUGUCAUGGUUUGGAAACAGUUUGGUGAUGUUUGUCCUGUACCGACAACGGACCUCGCUUCAACCAACGGACUUCUUUACAUUAAAUCUCGCCAUCUCUGAUGCCAGCAUCUCUGUGUUCGGCUACUCCAGAGGAAUCCUGGAAAUAUUCAACAUAUUCAAGGAUGACGGGUAUUUGAUCACAUGGAUCUGGACCUGCCAGGUAGACGGCUUCCUCACGCUGCUCUUUGGCCUCGUCAGCAUCAACACCUUGACCGUUAUCAGUGUCACCAGAUACAUCAAGGGAUGCCACCCGCACAAAGCUCACUGCAUCAGCAUAAACACAGUCGGCAUCGCACUAAUCUUCAUUUGGGCCGGAGCUGUGUUCUGGUCUGCUGCUCCUCUGCUGGGAUGGGGCAGCUACACAGAUCGAGGUUACGGCACCUGUGAGGUGGACUGGUCCAAAGCCAAUUACUCUACGAUUUACAAAUCAUACAUAAUCUCCAUCCUCAUCUUCUGCUUCUUCAUCCCUGUUAUGAUCAUGCUCUUCUCCUACAUCUCUAUUAUCAAAACUGUGAAAAACACAAAUGCCAUGUCAGCUGACGGGUUCCUCUCUGAUCGUCAAAGGAAAAUGGAGAGAGACGUUACGAGGAUUUCAGUUGUAAUCUGCACUGCUUUCAUCAUGGCCUGGUCACCGUACGCGGUGGUGUCCAUGUGGUCGGCGUGGGGCUUCCACGUGCCGAGCGUCACCAGCAUCUUCACUCGUCUCUUCGCCAAGUCCGCCAGCUUCUACAACCCGCUCAUUUACUUCGGCAUGAGCUCCAAGUUCCGCAGAGACGCUUCGGUGCUGCUGCCCUGCACGGCCGAGAGCAGGGAGGUGGUGCGUCUGCAACACUUCAAAAACAUCAAUCUCAAGGUCCAGAACACGGGCCCCCCCGGGUCACUUCCUGUCCAGAGGCCAGAGGUGAAAUACGCAGCUGGAGAGGUGAACCGACCCAACGCUGACAGCAACCUGAGGGUCAAGAGUCCUCCUCGGACUCCUCCAGAGGUCUUCCACAUUGAUGUGCCAUCGCACGUUGAGACCUCAGAGUACUGGUGUGACCGACUCUGAAGACUGAUUCUGUUUUGUUUCAAACAAGUUCAAAUCCUCAAAGCAACAAAGAUCUUUCCUCCACACCUGGACAACAUACCAGACCGACAAUCCCUCACUCACUGUAAGUGUUUCAAGCUGUGGAACAGAUGAGCUUCUUCUCGUCACAUUCUACUGUAUUUAUUAGAAAAAAUGUGUCUGAAACAAAGUCUUMAUCUCAGUUAUCUCCUUGUAUUCCUGUAAAAUAUUGUCCUUAAAUAAUCUGAUUGAAACAAAACAAAUAAAACAAGCUUUUUUAUUCAUGUGGAAAAGUUACACUUUCCAGGAAGCUGAGGACUCAUAAAUUUGUGGUGAAAGUUUGGAAGGAUGAGAUCAAUUUAGUCAUCCUUUUAGAGGACUGCGGGGUAUAAAGUAUGUCCCA